AGAGGGCGGUGCGCGCGCGCGCGCUCGGAGACGUACCAUGGUGAACUUGGGGCUGUCGCGCGUGGACGAUGCGGUGGCGGCCAAGCACCCGGGGCUGCAGGAGUAUGCUGCCUGCCAGUCUUUCGCAUUCAUGAAGGGCAUGGCUGCAUUUAUCACAGGCUCGGGGGUGGCCUUCGCUCUUCAGAAACUCAACUGGAAGAAGCCCUACUCGUUCCAGUGGAAAAUUCUACUCUCGCUAGUUGUAGGUUCAGUCGCCAGCUAUGCGGUGACCCGGCAUGAGACACAGAAGUGUGCGGACUUGUGGAUCUUUCUGGAGGACAGACAGCAGCCCCCGCAAAGUGUCGCCCUAGAGAAAGGGCUGGGUUCAGAUCCCAAAGGGAAGGCGGCAGAGAAAAGAAACGAGUACGGAGACGUCGUGGAGUAGCCCGGAAAUCCCAUGGCAGAAACCUCCCCAGGGCCGUCUUCGUUGUGCCCGAACCUGCUUUGCCUUCUGGCAUGAGGCUGAGCAAGUCGCUCCGUCUCGUUUAGGGCUUGGGGCGGUGGAGGGAACAAACUGCUGGCAGCUGCAAGACUCCUUGAGCCUGCAGAGACCGGGCAAGCAGGAAGUCACCUUAAGGGAACUGAGAGUUGCCGGAAUGGGGAGAUCUCCUAAGAACGUCAGAAGAGCCCCUGAUGUUGGAUCAGACCAAGGGCCUACCUUGUCCAGCGUUCUGUUCGCCCUCUGUUCCCCUCCUUUUGCGCCACCGCGUCCUGCUUUUCCCCACCCCAAGUGCGGCUGCAGCCAACUUUUUUGUGGGGUGCAACUCACAGUCCACAUUUCUCUUACGGAAUGGUAGGAGGGAGACCCCGGGGUGGGGGAAGUUGCCACUUUUUAAUCACCCCCAAAGGCCGCGCCUCGUGUGGUCCUUAAACACACCUGGCUCGGCCGUCCGAUUCCGUGACGCUCCAGAUACCUCUCUCUUGAGUACCGAUCUGGUUUUAACGGCCCCAUCGCAGCCCUCUCAUGCCUAUGAGGGACCAAUGAGCAGGGAGUUGGACUCGAUGGCCUUAGAGCCCCCUUCCAACUCUACGAUUCUAUGAUUCUAAUAAAACGGCCCAGAGAUUUGA